GGAGACUGGCUGGGGCCCAGAGGGAUGGGGAAAGGAAUAAACUGAGGGAUAAGGAGAUACAGAGAUUUUUGGUGGGGAGCUCUCUGGGGGACUAGGCCUUCAGCCUCCUGUGGUUCCACCCCACUCUAACCGCAGUUGCAUACAAACAUGGCUUUCUCAGGGGCAAGCCUCACUUCUGGAAAUGUCCCAAAACACUCAGCCACCCAGCACCAACAUUUGAAAGGAAUCCAAAAUGGCCCACAAGCAAUCAGAGAGAUUUGAAAUGCCUUAGGCUCCCACGUGCGCACCGGGCACACUGGGCCUCUCGGCCUCUGUGCGCACUCACAGGGACACUGGCUCUGGAGGGACAGUUGAUGGACAGUUGAAGGUCAGUGCUGUUGCUAGGCUACGAGUGUUCCGGACCAAACAUUCCGAGCCGUUGAGCUUCGCAGCCAAGGUGUGGAAGCGAGACCUCUGUGGCUCUUCUGUAGCGCCAGCGCUGAGAUCGGGAGGCGGCAAGAGGCCAGGAGGGAAGUGAGCGGUGUCGGAAGGCGAUAAGCCAGAUGAAGAAGAGACUCGCUAAGUUUGUGAGCUGGGUGGGCUUCAGCGCCCUUCAGGGAGAGCGCAGGGAUCAUGAGCACCCCGUGCCUAGGUAUCCCAUCCGUAAGCACGAACUAAAGAAGUUCCACAAAGCCGCAUAUCUUGGCGAUCUGGACACAGUGGAGGUGUUGCUGUUACGUAAGAAAAAUGUCGUACACAGCAGAGACAAGAAGGACAGGACUGCCCUACACUUAGCCUGCACCAGCGGCCAGUCACCAGUGGUGACUCUCCUUAUAGGGUGGCGUUGUGAUCUGAAUGCUCGUGACAAGGAAGGCAAGACAGCUCUCAUCAAGGCUGUACAAUGCCAGAAAGAAGUGUGUGUCAGUAUCCUGCUGGAACAGGGUGCUGACCCCAAUCUUGCGGAUGACUUUGAAAACACUGCUCUGCAUUACGCCGUCUUGGCUGGAAAUACAUCAGUUGCAGCAGAGCUGCUCCGCUAUAAUGCAGAUAUCGAGGCGAUAAACAAGUAUAACUUGACACCAUUUUUACACGCCGUCCGGAAGAACAAAGAAGAAAUGGUCAAAUUUUUGAUAGAGAACGGGGCAAAUGUACAUGCAGUCGACAAGCUGCAAAGAUCAGCACUGAUGCUUGCCGUACGUCAUGACUCACCGGACAUAGUCAAGCUGCUUCUUCAGAAAGGUGUUAAUGCCGAUUUGCUAGAUGUACACGGACAGUCUGCUGAACAAUAUGCUUCUUCUAAUGGUUUUAAACACCUUUACCAACUGAUUGUCGACUACAGAGCCAGAAGGAUACCAAAUACUCCCCCUCAAAAUAGCGACCUAGGACAGAGUUCAGCUAAGGAGAGCUUACCUUCUUCGCAUACUGGGGCAGAAAACAUCCAAGAAAAGUUGCAAUUGUCCAGCAAGGACAACGAAGAAGAAAAGGUUGUCGAGUUGGGAACCAGCAAUGGCAGCUGCAUGGAUCCACUGAAGAAUGUUGAGCAGAAGAAGAUUUCAGUGAUUAAGGUUGCACCGAGGUUUGAAGGCAUCUCUGUAAGCAGAAAAUCCGGCAUCCAAGAUUCGCCAACAGAGGCAAAAGAUGGUGUUUUGAAACCAGGAACUAGCACCUUCUUUGAGGACAAUAAUACUAAUAGUGAAAAUGAAGAUGCAGUUAGAAACUUUUCCCAACCAUCGACUGAAGUUUCAGGCUUUUCUCACCCUCCCUUCCCAGCACCGGAAUCUCUCUCGUCUUCAGCAGUCCUUGGUGUUUCAGAGAGUAUCUCCGAGAGUGAACUACCGAACCGUGUUGUUCAUUUAUCUGGAGCUGCAGGUCUAGGAGAAAAAAAGACAUUAAAUGGACAAGUAGAAAGUUCUUCAGACUGGGUUUCUACUAGUUUGAGCCUGAAUAAUGAGGCUGGUCAAAGAGCCAAGCAUUUGAAAGUUGGCAAAUGUCCGUUGGCAUCACAAUCAGUGACCACAAACCAGUCAGCACCCACAGAACUGAGGCAGACGGCCCUGGUAGAUAAAGACCGGAUGAAUAUUGGAGCCGUGUCUCUGUCAGAAAAUGCAGCGCUCCGUGGCCUGUGUGAGUCACAGCUGCCAGAGAACAGAAGCCGCAAAGAAGACCUAGACUUAGAAAGGACAUCCGAGGAAGAGGAAGAAAGACUUGAUGGAAGUGAAAAUAACCACUCACAGGGUAAUAAAUCAGCAUGUGAAGAACCAGAUCAUAAGAUGAACUUUUUAUUUUCUAACAAAGUAAAUUUUAAGGUAAGCAUAUUUCACUGCAGAUUCACAUUAGAAGAAGAAAAAAAGAAGAAGAAAGAUGCUUAUACGUUAUACGAAAAGUCUAAGGAUGAUUUAAAAAGAAAAGAGAAACAAUACAAUGAGCAAGUUGACCUGAAACAACAACUUGAAAGCACUGCCCGAGCACUAGAAUGCAAACUGAAGAGCGUAAGGAAUAAACCAAAUCAGGUUUUAGAAGAGCGAAAUGAUGCUCAGAGACAACUUUCUCCAGAGCAGAAUGCCCGAGUAAUACAAGAUGAAAUCCUGGCCCAUCGUCUUUCCCAACAAAAGGAGGCAGAAAAGGCUAAUAAGAAAAUGAAUGCUGAGGACACAAUGGAUUUUGAGCUGCCUGACCCAAAAGAUAGCAGCGAGGUGCUUCCUCAGCAACUUCUUGAAGCUGAACGUCAAUUCCGUGGCCCAGAAAUUGAGCUCCAUCCCAGGAGAGAUGCUCUUAGACCAACGACGUUGGUAUUACAAUGUGUGCAUAGAGACCGAGGCCAAGCCCAGCGUUCAAACAAGGACACUGAACCCUUGUCUCAGAGCAAACAAGGGGACGUCAUCAAAUACAUUGCAAAGCAGGCACUCUUGAAGGAGACAAUAUGUCAACUACAAAGUGAAAACACGUUGCUUCGACAGCAACUAGAAGUUGCUCGAAAUGAAGCCAGAAGUGAAAAUACAAUACUUAAUACUCCAGAGCCAUUUCUGGAUCACAUGGGAGAAGUUGAAGCCAUGAGCAGACGAGUUCUGAUGCUGGAGGAAGGAAACAAAGAGUUAAUUAAAGAAUGCAGAUGUUUAAAGGACAGACUGUGUCAGUAUGAAAUGGACAGAGCAGAAAUGGAAGCCCAAGAUUGGAAGAGGCACACUAGUGUGCUGGCCCAGGAGUGUACAGGCCCAGGCCCUGGAGUGUGCAGCCCCAGGAGUGUAAAGGCCCAGGAGUGUAAAGGCCCAGGUUCGUGCCGGCCCAAGUGUGUGCACGCCCUGGAGUGUGCAGUCCCAGAGGUGUGCAGACCCAAGACGGAACAGGCCCAGGAGUGUGCAGGCCAAGGAGUGUGCAGACCCAGGACUGUGCAUUCUCAGGAGUGUGGAAACACAGGGUGA